AUGGGUUUUCCUGAAGACAUAGUGAUGGAGGAACCAACCAUUCCGGCUCUAGAAUUCACGGAAGCACUGCAAGUAUCUUAUAACCCUGAUAUGGGACUCUACGAAAACGUAAAAGAGUGCGACUGUAGUCAGAUCUGUAAAGAAGUCAUUGAUUCAAUGAAGAUGAGCAGAUGGCCCAAAGGCUCGCGAAAAAAGGGAGCGAGAUACGGACGUGACGGGAAAGAACUAAUAAGACGCGCCCUCGACUUCGCCAAAGAAUUGAAGAACAGGCUGAAAGAAACUUGCGCAAGAGUCGUCUUCCAGCAACCCACUGAGAUAACCGCACUUGCCCUAGGCAUUUCACGGAGGACCUUAAAUCGGAUGGGCUACGAACUGCAAGAAGAACCAAGGCGACAGAAGAGUGUUUACAACAGGAAGAAAAUGACGAUGGCCACGGUUACAAGAUACGGUCCGCAGUGGGGAGAUAUAGUGAAGCAAGCAAUUCAUGGAAGACUACGAAACGAGGAAAACGUGACUAUUGCAGAUUUACACGAAGAGCUGUCAUCGGCCCAUGAAGACUUCACUUUGUCACGAGCUACCCUGCAUAGGCUCGUGCGGGGGCUGGGAUUCUCCUUCAAGAAGAAUCCAGGGCAAAAAUUCAUUUUUGAAAGAUCUGAUUUGGUCGCGAAAAGGGAUCACUACUUGAGAGCGAUCGCCUCAGCAAGAGAAAGGGGGGAGUACCUAGUGUACAUGGACGAAACCUGGGUGUUCAGCGGGAUGACCAAACCCAAAGGCUGGAACGACAACAACAUCCCCAGGUUUGCCCCUCGAUCCACCUUUGCUAGGUACUCCUAUGGGAAGACGGCCAGCAAGAAUAAAGGAAGAAGGGCGAUAGUGAUUGGUGCACUGGCGGAGGACGGCAUCAUACCCGAGUGCACGAGGGUAUUUGUGAGCGGAAUGGUUGAUGAUGGCGAUUACCACAGGGAAAUGAACCAUACGCUCUUCGAAUCUUGGCUGCGCGAUUGUUGUCGAUCGCGAUUGAUUCGCGAUCGACAUGAAAGCGCGAGCAAAUCGCAGGCGCGUUUGUCUGGUUAUGGACAACGCGCCGUACCAUACGCGACAGGAGGAGAAAGUGCCUACAUCUUCAUCAACCAAGGCGCAAAUAAGGGAAUUCCUCGAGAAAAAAGGAAUAGCUGUGGAGAGAACAGCUACAAAACAAAUUCUGCUGAUGGAGGUAAUCGCUUUUGUUUAAUGAAAAAGAACCUAAACGACGCGAUUCAGCUGAACAGUUAUGUCGAAGAAGCAGGCGGAUAUUCGGCACUCCGUAGCUACGCUACGGAGAGAAUAUGCAAUGAAUUGGGAGUAAAUCUAAUAAGACUUCCCCCUUUUCAUUGCUUUUUCAAUCCCAUCGAGCUUUGCUGGGGUCAGCUGAAGGGAUUCCUGAACAAGUGUGGGAAAAUAACCGACAAUAUUGGUGUGGUACAUAACCAACUAAAGCUCACCCAACCCCAAUCACCUUUGUACCCAACCCCAAAACAAGAAUGGAUACGCAGAAUUUAG